CUCUACAUUGAAAAAACAAACAGCUUUUGAGAGAGAGAGAGAAAUAACUUUUGAGAGGGAGAGAGGAAUAGCUUUUGAGAAGAGAGAGAUGGAGAACUUCCCAGUGAUCAACAUGGAGAAGCUGAAUGGUGAGGAGAGAGGUGCCACCAUGGAGAUGAUUAAAGAUGCCUGUGAGAACUGGGGCUUCUUUGAGUUGGUGCAUCAUGGAAUUCCUUAUGAUCUUUUGGACACCGUGGAAAGAAUGACAAAGGAGCACUACAAGAAGUGUAUGGAGCAGAGGUUCAAAGAAAUGGUGGCAAGCAAGGCUCUAGAGGGUGUCCAAGCAGAGGUUACCGAUAUUGAUUGGGAGAGCACCUUCCACUUGCGCCACCUCCCUGUGUCAACCAUCUCAGAAGUCCCCGACCUGGAGGAUGAGUACAGGAAGGUGAUGAAAGAAUUUGCUGUAAGAUUAGAGAAACUGGCAGAGGAGCUUCUGGACUUGCUAUGUGAAAACCUCGGACUAGAGAAAGGUUACCUGAAGAAAGCUUUCUAUGGAUCAAAGGGUCCGAACUUCGGCACCAAGGUGAGCAACUACCCACCAUGCCCUCAGCCAGACUUGAUCAAGGGACUGCGAGCCCACACCGAUGCUGGUGGCAUCAUCUUACUCUUCCAAGACGACAAGGUCAGCGGUCUCCAACUCCUCAAGGAUGACAAGUGGAUUGAUGUUCCACCGAUGCACCAUUCCAUUGUGAUCAACCUUGGUGACCAACUAGAGGUGAUCACUAAUGGCAAAUACAAGAGUGUGCUGCACCGUGUGAUUGCUCAAACAGACGGUACCCGGAUGUCGAUUGCUUCAUUCUACAAUCCUGGAAAUGAUGCUGUUAUCUAUCCAGCACCAGCAUUGAUAGAGAAAGAAUCGGAGGAGAAGAAACCAGUGUACCCGAAAUUCGUGUUUGACGACUACAUGAAGCUAUAUGCUGGUCUAAAGUUUCAGGCCAAGGAACCAAGAUUUGAAGUCAUGAAAGCCAUGGAAACUGCAACAGCUUAAGUGUUGAUUUUAAUAGAGAAGGAAUGAUGUUGUUUGUUUUUUAGGGGUGUAAGCAAUAUAAUAUCUAAAGGUGUUUGCUUCUUUAGAAGUCAUAGCAUACCAUUUGUUGAAAGUGGCCAAAGUUCAUACUUCGUAGUUUAUAAUAAUGUUAUCUUAUAGACAAAGUUAGUUGUUA